ACACAGAACAAUUAGAGCAAUCAAUGAUUAAAUAAACCCUAAGCCUACAUACUAAAGUAAGAACAACCAUUCACAUUUAUCUCUUGAUAUACUAAUAAUGCAGACUGUCUCUUUACUAGUGGAGUGGAGAGAUGUGUCUGCCCAUUGACAGAAACACAGAACAAGGAAGGCCAUCAAUUAUUAAAUAAACCCUAACCCUACAUAUUAAAGUAAGAAACCUUGGACCAUAAAAAUAGUGCAUUAAAAGUUGCACGAACGAAGGGAAUGUACUCGCAUAAAGAUGCGGAUGCUAGAGACAACAAGACUAGAAGAUAAAUACUCUUAACUCUAGUUCUAAUAAUAUCUAGAAUCUAGAUAAUAAGAUAUAUCUAGAUCUAUAUAAGUCUAGAAUGAUUUUAGUGCUUAGAUCUAUUCUAGAUAUCUAGAUUUCUAGAAUGGAAGCAGAGCAGGAAGAAGAAAUUGAAUCUUUGAAAGCCAUUUUUUGUCAAGAUGGAGAACUUGAGAUAAAGAAAGACUCUUCUGGCACACAUAUAACAGUCUUAAACAACGGAUUAAAAAGUGCAUUACACUUAAACAUCACUGAUGCACUGUGGAAAAAUAUAAGCCUUCAAUUUUCACUUCCACAGUAUUAUCCUUCUACAGACUUUCCUCACGUUACAUUGACAUGCCCGCUCUUCCCCCAAGCUUCUAUCAAAACUUUAACAGACAAAAUUCAUGACAAAGCUACUCAGUUACAAGGGCACCCUAUGCUGAUGGAUUUGAUUUGUUACGCUCAGGAAUUACUUUCUAAGGAAUUAUUAGAAAACAUGUGUUUGGGUGGAGCACCCAGUGUAUCUCAGUCUUUAGUUGAAAGGGGACCAGCCCAACAUGAAUUGUCACCUUCGAGUUUCAAUGAAAAAGACUCCAUGCCUUUAUUGUCUUGUAAUUGUGCAAAUCACAAACUAGCAGAAAAGAUAAUUGCACUACUUCUAUUGGACCACAUGAGGUCAAAGCAGAGCUACUCGAAAUUAAUCAAGAAAUGGGUGCUAGAGCUUAGCUUAACAGGAAGAUUGUUGUUUUGCAACAAGCUGAUUUUGAUUCUCUUACUGGGAGAUGCCAAAAAUGUUAAGGACUACAUUAUCAGAAACAAAACCAUCAAUGUUGAUGUCGAUGCCAAAGGAAGAAGCUGCAAAGAGAAGAUGCUUACAGUGCUCUGUGAGCUCCCAGUUCAACCUGGAGUAAGCAUUACAGAAUUCUCCGUCAUGGAACUGGAAUCUGUGGAUGAGUUGCAGAAACUUUUUCUUUCAUUUUCACUCGCAGACAUUUACCAAGAAUAUAUCGAAAAUCUCCUGGCUCCUGGUUUCAAAAAGAAGAAGUAGUUAGGAUUUUAUUUCAUUGAAUAGGUAAACAGAAGUUACAAACUUAUGGAUUCCAUUAGAUCUCUACUGCUGUUACAAUAUGUGAUAUUCACUUUCAUCCUAUUUGAUGGUCAGUGUCAAUAUUAUGGACGCAGUCAUUUUUUGUGUCAGUUAACAAAAUUCUCUAUACUUGCAAUUACCUUAAGACACGGUGCAGUACUAAAAUGAAGAAAACGUCAUCAAAGAGAAACAAGUGGAAGAAAAUAUCUAAACUAUGAUGUAAUCUAAAACUAAUGUUGGAAUUUUACUACAGGAAGGAAAAUAUCUAAAUAGCUAUCUUUUUGGUGUCACUGGUGUACAGAAUUUGGAAGUAUUGAUUAGCAAAGUAUUUUUAAUAAGCCAUAUAAUAUGGUUUGUGCACUAUUCAACACUGUAGAGUGACAAGUCAAUGCUCAUUUGCGAAGCACAAAGUAAUUAUUAUUUUUUAGUUGGUAUCAGUGCUCUUCCAAUAUUGAACCCUGGACAAUGAUUAUUUUAUCUGGUUAUUUAGUUGGUACCUGUGAUCUUCCAAUAUGGACUUCUGGACAAUGUUUAUUUUAUCUGGUUAUUUAGUUGGUACCUGUUAUCUUUCAAUAUGGACCCCUGGACAAUGAUUAUUUUAUCUGGUUAUUUAGUUGGUACCUGUUAUCUUUCAAUAUGAACCCCUGGACAAUGUUUAUUUUAUCUGAUUAUUUCACAACCUCUCCCUAAAUGUCUCUUUUCUUUUUUUUUUUUUUUUUUUUUUUUUAGGUUCUGGUGACCUUCACAUUUUACCAUAUCAUUUUAUCUUCCUUUUCUCUCUAACGAAAAUCUAUUCCUUAAAGAAGUUAAAAUGGGAUCAAAGUGUAAAAGAAAAGCCCUUGUCAUGACUAAUUUUCUCAACCUUAUAGUUUUUUUAUCAUUGUGAUAUCUACAUCGUCUUACAUUUUGUUUGUUUCACAUGUUUCGAAUGUUCCUUCAGAUUGGAUGAAAAUUACUUUCUAGCCCAAACCUUUCACUAGAUGGCAGGUGGGGGUUCUAACCUAGGGCCAUCCAGACAACAGUCCUGAGCGCAUACCACAGACCAGGCAGCCAAUAAGGUGUAUGGGUUAUCUUUCUUAAAUAAUGUUUAUACACCUGGCUAAACCAACUUCACUUGUAUUUUGUAACUGCUUUUGCACCUUGAGAUUUUACAGUGGGAUUUUCAUUCUUUUUUAUAUUCCUCAGUACUUAAAGUGCAUCUCACAUUAUACAAUAUCAUGAGGAACAAGCAAAAUAUACAAAAUCUUAUUUAAAAACCAAAGCUUAUUUAAGGGAACGAACUAUGUACUCACAACUAUAUCAAUAAUGUAGAAGUUGUUUCCCUUAAUUGAUAUCAAACAAAAUAAUUAAUAACUAAUAAUUAAUUGACUAAUUUGUUGUUUUUUUUUAAUUGAUUCUUGUUUUGUUAGGUACAAUAAAUAAUUUGUUAAAAUUCAACUUGAUCGGAAAAUUGAUGUGGGAGAAAUAACGUGUUCAAUUAUCUAAGGAAAUGAAACCAUACAUAUUUAUCCAUAAAAGAAUACUUGAGGAUUAAUUUCGUUUGUUGGUCUCAGACAAAAUAAUUGAUUACCAGUAAUCAAUUGACUUUUUUUUUUCAUGGAUUCAUUUUUUGUCUAAGCCAAUGAAUAAUUGUGCAAAGUUUCAACUUGAUCAUGGAAUAUGGGUGUGGGAGAAAAAAGGUGUACCAACUUUUUACUGGACAUACAAAGUGAGUUUUUAAGUUGUCUUUGUGUCUAUUGAGUGCUUUCUUUUUUUGGUUCUUUAAUUUAUCACAGAACACCAUCCUGCCCUACACAAUAAGGCAUCGAGCAACAAUAGGCUACACCACAAAAUAAGAUGGCUAACUAAAAUGCACCAUAAAUUUACCAUUCUUCUUCUUACCACAAUACACCACAUCACACUGCACCACACAGCAACACAUCACCACACUACUAUGUCCCACCCUUGUUUUUAGGCCCCCUUCUCGAUGUUCAAAGUUUAGAUCCUUCAGAUCACUUACUGGUAUUUAAUUGUUUGUGGUUUACCAUUCUUUACCUGUCCCUUAGUCUGUUGUACCUAAAGUUGUCGACCGACUUUCUCCAUUCUUCUCUGUCUUUUGCCUUUGAUAGAACCUCUUUCAUUUGCAGUGCCAUUCAUUCUUUUAUGUUGUCUUCCCAUCGCUUUCUCUUUUUUUUUUCCUGGUACUGUUCCAUAAAGGAAGUUCUUUACGAGCCCCGAAGACCUUGUAAUAUGGCCAUAGAUUUUUAGCUUGCGUUUUUUUACGAUAGUUAGCUGGCCAUCAUGGGGUCCUAUCGCUGCAGUAACACUGUCUCUAAUCUCUGUGUUUGUGAUGCUGUCUUUAAAUGUGAUACCUAGGAUCCUUCUGUAGCAUCUCAAUUCCAUUGCUAAGAUCCUCUCCUCUAGCUCUGCGAUCAGCGUCCAAGACUAACAAGUAUAUAAACAUGUAACCAUGACCAGGGUGCGCAUCAGUCCGAUUUUGGUGCUGAGGGCUAUGCCUUUAUCUUUCCAUAUUAUUUUAAGUUUUGAAAGGGCUGCUGUGGACUGUGCAAUUCGGGCCAGUAGUCAAGGUAAAACGAAGCUUACAUUUUCUUUCUUUAAUUUUGUAUUAUCAUAACAUGAUUCGCUGUCAAUUUUUCUCAUGUCAUUUUCAUAAGCACCGGUACUUUCAUUAAAGUAUUGUGUUUUAUUACUCAAAUGCAUUGACACAAUUGAUUUACAAAGUUUUUGUCACCACCUCAAAGUUGGUGCCAUAGGGUUGAUAGCCUAUUAUAAUGUUUUGAGUGUUUUUCACAACUCAUGUUUCUAUAAAGUGAACACUUUUAACCUUGAGUAAGAGCAGUUGGUAAGAGACAGUCAGUAAGGACAGUCCAGUUAGAAACUGUAAGGAGCCAUUAUAAAGUAAAUUGAGAUGUGUACCAGUAUUUCUAUAAGGAGUCAAAAAGUUUUUUCUAUAAAGGUUUAUUAGUGGAUAUUCGUGGAUUGUAUCAUACUCCAUAUGUGUUGCUAUUAUCAUUAUAUAUAUAUAUUAAUUAUUAAACAUAAUAUUUGUG